GGGCAGUGCCGUGAGAGAGCCGGAGCGGCUCGCGCCCGCUGCCAUCUUAGCCCGGCCGGAGGGAGAGCCGCCCGGCCCGGGUACGGCUGUGCCGCAGCGGUUGACUGUCAAGACAAGAUUUGGAUGCCAUGUGUUGGACUGCAAAAUCUUUUGUCCGAUGGCUGAGCUCCAGUGUUAAAUACUAUCCUAAGGAUAACCAUCUUCAAGCACUAUGUCUUUGUACUAAAACAAAGCUGAACAAAUGCCACAUCCUGGACUGGUCAAGAAGUCCAUGCAACAGCGCUGUGCCACCUGGAAGAAUCCUGUCAUGGAGGUUAUUUUCCUGCAAGGAAGGGACAAAAGACCUUUGUAAAAGGGAAAAAAUCGCAUCCGUAACAGCAUCAGAGCUUUUGUACAAAGAUCUUCUGAAAUCAGAGCAGGAAAACUGGAAUAAAAUUUCAAGAAGUUAUAAAGCUAUGACAAAAAGAAUUAAGGAAAAAAUAGAAGAAUUGCACAACAAGUAUACACUCCAUUUGGAAAGCCCAAGGAUAAGAUUUGGAGGAAACGUUUACUUUGAGGAGAAUGGUUACAUACUUUGUUCAAAAGCAGAUGAUGAUAAAGGAAAUGUUCACAUUUUAUUCAGCACUGAAGAUAUGGGCUUUUCUGGUGCCUAUAUUAAACGGAUCAGAAUUUCACCAGAUGAGAGGUACCUGGCCACCAGCUUACAAAGUGAAAAUUCUGAAGAGGCAACCUGUGUUAUUAUGAAACUCGGUGAUGUUCCCUUUGUGGAAGAAGUAAUUCCAAAUGUGUUUAGUUUUGAAUGGGCUACAAAUGAUGUUCUGUAUUACACAAGUCAGAAGAACCUUAAAUGCCAGAAUGUGUUCAUGACCACUUUCACUAAUGAGAAAUAUACUAAGUUAGUUUAUACAGAACAAGAUGCAAGAUUUUUUGUGGACAUAUACCGCACAAAAGAUAGACGUUUCCUCACUAUCAAUAGCAACAGCAAGACAACCUCAGAAGUUUGGCUGAUUGACUGCAGACAUCCUUUUAAGUUACCUGUUCUUGUACAAGCCCGAACAAAGGGGGUCAUUUAUCAUGUUGAACACAGAAACAAUGAGUUAUAUAUUCUUACUUCAUAUGGAGAACCUGCAGAAUAUAAGUUAAUGAAGGCUUCAGUAGCUUCCACUGGCAUGGAGAACUGGCAGUUAGUUUAUGCACUGGAAGAGAAAACCAAGCUAAUAGACUUGGAGAUGUUUCGUGAUCACUGUAUUAUGUUCCUGCAGAAAGCUGGUUAUCUGUACUUAAAUGUGAUUGCUUUUGUUUCACAUUCAGUUCAAUCAAUACAGCUACCUACAUGGGCCUGUGCAUUUGAAUUGGAAUCUCAUCCUGAACAUGCCAGCAGCACUUGUUAUUUUCAGCUCACCUCCCCAGUACACCCCCCUAGGCGUUUUGCAUAUUCAUUUAAAGAAAAUAAUCUCAUUGAACAAGCUGCAGAAGAGGUACCAAUUAUUAUGAAUUGUCACACUACACGUUUACUAGCUAAAAGCAAGGAUGAAACUUUGGUGCCAAUUACAGUUUUUCAUAAUGUGAAUUCUAAAGAGCUACACAGGAAACCACUUCUAGUUCAUGUAUAUGGAGCUUAUGGCAUAGAUUUGAACAUGAGCUUUAAAGAAGAGAAACUGAUGUUAAUUGAAGAGGGCUGGAUAUUAGCAUAUUGCCACGUUAGGGGUGGAGGAGAGCUAGGCCUUAGGUGGCACAAAGAUGGAUGUCAGCAUAAUAAACUCAAAGGCCUCCAUGACCUUAAGGCUUGCAUCAUGCUGCUGCAUGAACUAGGAUUUUCUCAGCCAAAAUACACAGCACUAACAGCUGCCAGUGCUGGAGGAGUUCUUGCAGGAGCCAUUUGCAACAGCGAUCCAGAACUUAUCAGAGCCGUGGUUUUACAGGCACCUUUUGUAGAUGUUCUAAAUACAAUGAUGAAAACUCAUCUCCCACUGUCAAUUGAAGAACAGGAAGAAUGGGGAAAUCCAUUAGCAGAUGAAGAAUGUAUGAAGUACAUCAAAAACUACUGUCCUUAUCACAAUAUUAAGCCACAGUGCUAUCCUUCAGUUUUUAUCACAGCAUAUGAAAAUGAUCAACGAGUACCACUAACAGGAAUUCUACGAUACGUUCAGAAACUUAGGAAGGCUACACUAGAUCAUGCCAGCAGAACAAGAAAGAAAGGAAACUGGAUCCCUAAUAUCAUCUUAGACAUCCAGGCAAGUGGCAGUCACUGUGACUCAUCUUGGGAGGAUUCACUGAAUGAGAAUGCAGGCCAAGCUCACACCCAUGCAAAAAGGCAAACGCUACAACCGACGUUUCCUCAGCGGCUCCCACAAGACCAAUGAAUCACCUGACCUUUAAAGCUGCCUCUCACCUGGCAUUAAGAAAAUCUUCCCUUGACAAAGAGAGCAGACAUCAGACGCUCCCCACAAACAAAUCUCUGACGCGGCACCCUUCACCCAGGGGUUCCCCGGCCACACGUGAGCCUUCUGCCAUCACUGUGCAGUCUGCAGUCCUGGAGAGUGGCGCAACCUAACUGCACAGGACACCGUGCCAUGGCUUGGUGGUCUUUUUUUUUUUAAUGCUCUGAGUCUACUAACGGACUACGUGAUUAAAGGUUAAUGGCUUUAGAAUUGUUGUAAUUUCCUUCAGCCUGGCUCACACGAUGCUGUUGAAGGAGCUUUCUGGGAGGGAGGCACCUGGCCCCUGCCCUAUGGGUGAUCAGCAUGGCUGCCUUCCCCCACUACUUCUAAUGAGAACAAUUACCCUCAAAUCCUGGCUCAUGGCACUGCAGCAUGCACAGCCGACUACUUCUGGGGCCCCUCCCCUACCAAGGGUCAAGCUACUGUCAAACACCCAUCUUAUUUUAAGGUGAACUCCAGUUCGAUCCCUCUCCGGUUGGCAAGUCACCCAUUUCUGCAUUCUUCACAACCUACACUGCCAACACACUUCCCUGUCACACCUGUGCUGGAAGAUGUCUACCUUCCAGGAGUUUCGGGAGUUCCUGGUGACCCCACCACAGUGCUGGCCCUGAGCGACCUCAGCUGUCCUCACACAACACUUACGACUUCUCUGAAAGGGUGGUCAGGCACUGGAAUGGGCUGCCCAGAGAGGUGGUGGAGUCACUGACCCUUGGUGGUGUUCAGAGAGCAUUUGGAUGUUGUGUUGAGGCACAUGGUUUAGCGAGAACCAUUGGUGAUGAGCGAACGGUUGGACUGGAUGAUCCUGUGGGUCUUUUCCAACCUUAGCGAUUCUAUGAUUCUAUGAACAUGGGCUGUGUCACUUCUCACAGCGCUGCCAUUUCCCCACAUGAAGGUGAUGUGGUGAUAGAACAAGGGGAAAUGGCUUCAACUCUAAGAGGGUAGAUUUAAGUUGGAUAUAAGAAAAAAGUCUUUUACAGUGAGGGUGGUGAGGCACUGGAACAGGUUACCCAGAGAUGUGUUUGAUGCCCCAUCCCUGGGGACUUCAAGACAAGGCUGGAUCCAGCCCUGGGCAACCUGAUUCAGCUGUAGGUGUCCCUGUUCACUGCAGAGGGGUUGGACCAGAUGGCCUUUAAAGGUCCCUUCCAACUCUAACGAUGCUAUGAUGAAAAGUUUUAUCUACUAGAGGUGCUGAAUAUCCACAAACCCUUCCUUCUGUCCCUUUGGUCAAUGUCUCAUCAGGUAGCUGAUGUACACUCCAUUAAGUAAGCAACACAAGAAAGAACCUAAAAAGCAGUAAAAUGCAGGAGCUGUUAACGUCCUUCCCUUCUUUCUCAGGUGUCAGAAGAGCACUCACCCAGCAGAGCCCUUUCUGGUGUUAAGUUGUCCCAGAGCAGCACUUGAAAUAUGGUAUCUACCCCUAAGAAGAAUUGCUGCAAUUACUCACGCACUUGGAUACAUAUUUUUCUGCCACAAAAAGUUGAGCAGGAAGUUAAUUUAGUCUCAUCUCUUCAGCAACAGUAUGCUACGUGCUGAAUGUUUUUAAGAUAAGGAUGAGUGGCAAUAAGUAGAUGAAUCUAAAGUGUAUUUCUGCAACCUAAAAUGUGUUGCACAGCAUUAUGAAAAAGGUGUUCAUGACCAGGAGACUGAAAAGCUGUGGUAAAACACCACAGUUCUCACCCAGCUCAGACACUGCUUGCACUAGCAGACUAUUUCCUACCACUGCAUCUUAUCAAAGUAAAAGCAGAUUUAGGAGCACUAGAAAUAGCAUUUUGUUUUUAUUUCAUUAUUGGGUUCACAUUCCCUGCUCCCAAAACUGAAGCAGUAUAGUCCCAAAAGCACUGGAAAAUGUGAUUAGCUUUACAUGCCCAGGCCAAAAUCUUUACUGCACCAUUAAAUUUAGAUGCGUUUACAAACUGAAGAUGAUAACUGGAGAAGGGACAAAAACAAAAUCUCAGAAAGCAUUCUCCAGUUUCCCUACCAAGAACAAAUCAAACCUUGUACAUUUGCCCAUGACAAAAUGAUUAUUCACAGAACUAAUUCUAUGAGGAUGGUGUUAGAAAGUUUCCUUACAAAACAAGGGGAAAUGUGGCUUUUUUUGAUGCAGUCGGACUCUGGAACACACAUGCAUUUGCAUCCAAACGUGCAACUUCUAAGAGCAGGACACUGAUGAACCUUCAUGUUCACAGGUAAGGAUGACCCAAAAACCAGAAAAUGCUGCUGAAAUGCAACUCCAGUCCAGAGACGUAUUUUCAUUCUAUCAGCAGAUUAAAAAAAAAACAAAACUAAAACAAACAUAACAACAAACAUCAAAUAAAACCAGACACACAAACAGUUGAGUUUCUCAAUCAGAAGUGGAUAUUCUUGCAAGGUAUGACAUUUCCAAAGAUUUGUCUCUAGGUUACGGUCACUGAAGUCCUAAAAGGGGUGCUUUACCUCAUGAGCAGCAGAAUGGUCAUUCUAUGAAUUUCUGUCCAAUUACUUCCACUGAAGCUCCGCAGCUCUUUCAAAGUGAUAAAAAUAAACUCAAUUUGGUCAUUUUCUUACUUAAUCUGGCACAGAAAUUUUUAUAAGCAAUAUUUAUUUUUGGAAGUCUCUCUUAACUACUCAACAGAAUCCCAACAUUGCCUGAACAUGCCACCGAAGUCAGUAUUUAUAUUUACAGAUGAGAUGGACUUCCAAGAACUUGAGGAGGGCACUUACAAAUACGAUUGUUUCCAGCUUUAUAAAGGUCAAAAGCAGGGUCCUUGCAACCCCAAACAUUACUACAAUGUAGCCUCAAUUUCUCUAUAACUCACCUUAAAUUCUAGAGGUCUGAGAGCAGAAAAUCAGGCUAACAGUCAUUCCCCAGAACAUGACUUGACACAAUAGGUGAGAAAACACCACAUUUCAAUUAGACACAGAAAGCAUUCAGAAUGCAUUCUCUUGCUACACCGUAGUUGCCUUCCUUUAUUAGCAAGGACAAGUUACUUUCAUAGAAAGACUAUCAAAUUGAUAGAGAAGGGCUCUUCCUAUAGUAAACUAUCCUCAUGACUUAAGCAUAAGGAAAAAACAAGUAUUCAUCAGUGCAAACAAAGUUCUCAGUAAUACCAACUAGUCUUCAAAUCGAGGCAUCCCUGCAAAGAAGAGCUUUACAGAAAAAUAAGGUACCUGAGAGAACAUCACCUUUCAGAUGUAAAGAGUGAAGUGCAGCAGCACAGAUUACAAAUGUAAAGGAAGUCCAUGAGAGAUGACCACAUGCAAAGAACCGAACACAAAAGGGACUCGGUCAUGCUACAAUGCAGAAGUUACUUGUGUUUUGGUUGACAGCAAAGCAGCCACAGGGUGGGGGGAAUAUUAACUGGGUAUAAGCAAAGCAAAGCUAAAUCUACCAGUACAGCAACAGCCAAAAUAAAAGCAGGACAAGAUUAAAUUGCCAAACGGACGGAAGCACUAUAAAAGAUGCUCGAGAUCCCACGCGCAGUUUCAACUGCAUGAGUUAGCUCCAUACUUACGUGCACAUACUGCAACCGAUCAGCGACCUGCUUACGUCAGUGUGACCUUGCCAAAUUGCAUUCAUCUCUGGGAGCACCCCGUGCAGUUGUUCACUUACACUAAUUGCAGUGCCUCUCUCCAACAAACUUUCAAUUUAGAGCUGAAAAGCAACAUGUCCGCAGCAGACAAUCCUUAAACCUAAAAUUUGCUGUUUACACUGACAAAACUUGGAUUUGUUGACAGAUCAAAAAAGCUGCUUGACAGUUCUUUGCCAGAACCUCAGCAAUAACUUGGGUUAUUUUUGCUUCAGCAUUUGUUCGUAAUACUCAAGUUGUAUACUGCUACGUUUACUCAUAGCACAACUUCUUAGAACCAAACUAAGUGAAAACUGGGAAUAUCUUCACUCAGUUCCUUCAAAUCUCCUCAUCCCUUACAUUGCCUUCGUGUGGAACCACCCGGCAUCUGACCAGCUUCAUGGCUUAUGGUUACGUCUGCCAUGGAACAAAUUAAAUAUACAUAUAUACAGACAAAGAGAUUUCUAUGUAUUUGGCUAGAAAAUAACUAUUAAUAUUCAACAGCAUCACAAAGCCUUACAGAAGAAAGAAGCCUUGUACAGUGAGGUUCUUCGCCUGUGAUGUAUUCAAAAAUUGACAUCUAUUUCAAAUGUAUACUUCAUUUCUUUUUUACUCCAUCUAAAUAACAGCAUCGGAUCAUGCAGGCAGCAGAAAAAGCACGGAUAUUUUGGUCGAGUCCCGCGACAGUUUGCACACAGGCUUAGAAAAAGCAUAUGAAGAUUCAUUUGUUUGAGAGUUCGUACUUAAUCCCUCGUAAAAACCUGCCGAGGUCAAAGACUACAACACUUGCAUUUGCAUUCGUUUCUUUAUUCCCUAUUCCAUUCAACAUGUUAAUGAUAAUCAGUUAAAUCUUUAUUUUGCUCAAGACGAUCAGACAGCAGAUUUCAGAAGUGACACAGACUAUUUUGUCUGCAGUACAGGAGUAGUCACAGAAAUGAAGAUUCGAGAUGAAUUUGACACGUCAGAAAGACCUGAGGUGGAAGUGACACUUCCUACUCUCAGCAUUACACAAAAGCAUGUUAGUUACCAGAUGGCAAUAUAAUUAGGAAAACAUAUUUUUAAACCAAAUGUUAAAAUUGACAAGUUAUGGCAUAUAGUAAAACGCAUGAACAAAUUUGAUCGAGCAUCUCAGAUUUCUCAUGCUAAGAACACACAGUCUAAAAGAGUGCUGUUGUUGCUUUUUCUCCUCCACUCCCCCCAGCUGCUGAAAACCUAAGCAGUGGAAAGACGACUAGAACUAGAAACUUGGUGUACGUGCCAAUGAAAAGCAGCACUUCUUCACAGAACAAACAGAAGUCUUGAUUCACAUCUCACUGAGAUGCGUGAGCCGUGGCCCUUCUCUUUGGAAAAAAAAAAACCUACGUGCAUGCUUCACUUCUAUACAAUAAAUACUUACAGAAAGUACAAACCCUUUCAUUUAUGGGAGGCAGUACACAUCAAGGUAAAAAGAUAAAGGUAAAAGGUAUCACACAUUUAAGCAUUUACAGAACUGGAGCCCAUGGAGUACAGGAACUCACACUACAUCAGAACAAGGUUCAAAUUGCAGUUCAGCAGGACGUCACGCGAGGUUUAUGCUGUAGAAGCAGAUCCAACAAAUGCAUCCCAAGAACCGCUCUGCAGACUCAGAAACCUACAGCUUGUUCCUAAACGCGCCCAUUUCACAGUAACACCAAGUGCUCAAACACCUCAUUUCUGCAAUGGAGGAUUCUGUUGGCGCUUUUUUCCCUCCAGCUAAGCAACUCCACUGUAAGUAAAAAUAACUAAAUAAAAAUCAGUAAAAAGAAUUAAGGUGAGGUAUUGACGUUACAACUACUUCUAUCUAAGACAUCCUGCAAGUAAAAUUUUCUACAUCUAGCCUCAGAUCCUUACAGAACUUUAGCAAAGAGAACUGACCGACCGGUCGAUCUGAAUCCGAAUUUUUAGGCCUUAAACAAACGUUCUCCAGUAGGCAGAAUAAGACUCAUUUCAGCCAAACUUGGGACGAAUUCAGUGCAGGAACUUUAAAUACUGUUCAUAGUGUUCUGCCACCCACAAAGAAGCCUACUUGGAGACUCUUGGCUUCCUGCAGCAAAGAACCACGUUCCCUGUAUAACACAUCCAUCACCAGGCUGUGCCAGAACAGAAACCUUGUAAACCCUAUCCUUUUUGAUAAACAACACUUGCACUUGAUAAAUCCUUCUCAAGAAAAUAUAAAGCAUAUCACACUGUUUUAGCAAUCCUUUAUUGAAGAUAACAAGUUGGUUAUGUUCACUGUAUUGUAUGAAACAUCACAAUAUCAUACUGGGAAAGUACUAUCAGUACAGGGUUGGACCAGAGCGGAUAGUCUGAACAAUAAACCAUUUUGCAUUCUUCAUUCCCUAUCUUUUAACAACCCCCAAAAAAACAGUAAAGGGACAAAUACCUGUUAACAUCGUCAUUUAGAACACUUUAACUUACAAAGCUAAAAUCUAAUGAAUAAAUAAAAUAUAUUGUGGCAAUAAUCUUCUCUAGACCCCCCCCCAAAAAAAAAAAUUUAAAAAUCAGGUACACAGUGAAUCAAAAUGAUGGGGAAAGCUGGCCUUCGGCACUGCUAUGAGAGAGCGUGUGGUUUAUACAGACUCACCAUGGGGAUAAAGUUACAGAAAAA